GGGGGUCUGUAUGACAGCAGUCGCUCAGGCUGUACACUGCGGUCACGUGUUGCCAGCCGUGUGCGUGUGUGGUGGCGUUGUCCUCUUCGCAGUCGCCAUCCUAUGGCAGCAGUACUUGGAGUCGUCGCCUGGUAGCCGAGCGGGCGGUUCGGGCUGCCUGAUCUCCCGUCCUUGCUCUCUGAGAGCCUUCUGAUUUCUUCUUACCGUUGUUGGUUUCUUCCCUGAGUUAGAGGGAAGGAUCAGUGAGUAUGGUGGAGAACUCUCCAGCCCCGCUGCCUGAAAGGGCAAUAUACGGAUUUGCUCUAUUUUUAGGAUCUUGGUUUGGCUUUAUGCUGUAUCUUAUCUGGGCAUAUGUUCCUGAGACUUGGCUCUUCUCAUUGGGACUAACAUACUGGCCUCAAAAGUACUGGGCAGUUGCUUUGCCAGCAUAUUUAUUAGUUGUUGUGGGAAUUGGUUAUGUAUUACUUUUUGGCAUUAACAUGAUGAGUACAGCUCCACUUAACUCCACGCACACUAUUACAGAUAACUAUGCUAAGAAGCAACAACAGAAGAAAUUUCAAGAAGAAGCAAUUCCAGCAUUGAGGGAUAUUCCCAUCAGUGAAGUAAACAGAAUGUUUUUCCUACCUGAAAAAGGAAUUUUCAAUAACAGAUAGUAGUUACUAAGACCUGUCUGAAUAUAGGAUUAUGAGGAACGUUACAUAACAUCUCGUUGCUGAAAGACACCUUCUUCUCAUGGUAUAAUACAGCAUUUUUUGUGUGUGUUUCUAACAAAAUUUAUGUACAUUUCACUGAUGUGGCUUGGUAACCUGCAUUAAUAUGAGAAUUAUGGCACAUUAAUUAAUUUAACCAUUUUGUUGAUUUUAAAAUUACUUUAUAAUAAUUGUAGGUUACUGCUUAAAAUUUCCCACUCAGUGUAAAAUAAAUGUUUGGACCUGGCUUAGUUCUGUUUUUCAUUGAGUUCAAGGAAAGCAAAUGUGUUUUGUUUGUCAAAUGCUUGAGGCUUUUUUUUUUAAUGUAAGUUAAAGUGUUUACAUUGUAAAUGUACAGUUUUAAUUUGUAAAUAUUAAUAAACUGUAAAUGUUG